AUGGUAUCUGACUCUGAUCCAGAAAAAGGCGUCCAUGCCGUCAGCUGUGCGGCCGAGAACGGUAUUCCCCAAGUCAGCUCCAACGGUGCACCUGGCCUAGAGACUACCCAGCUCUUCGAUGACGCCUCAGGAGGGGGUGUCUUAUGUUGGCUCAACGGGCUGGAAGCACGAAUGGAUAGAAAACUCGGCGUGGAGUCGGAAGCCAUCGACCGUAAACGCGCCGAAGACAAAAAGCCCGUGUCUUGGUUCGAGGAGCUGACGAUGGCUUUGCUGUGGGCCAGUGGAGUUAUGAACACUUCCUGUUUCGCGACAGGCUUCCUCGGCUGGGAAUUCGGUCUGAGCCUCAAGCAAUCGAUGCUUAUCGUCAUUUUCGCGUCCAUUCUCGGCGGCGCGCUGACUGGGUUCUGCGCGACGUUUGGUGGCGCAACUGGUCUGCGUCAGAUCAGUGUAAGCCGGUAUAGCUUCGGCUGGUGGCCCAACAAACUCAUUGCGCUUCUCAACGGCAUCCAGCAGAUGGGAUGGGCGGCGGUCUCGUGUAUCACUGGAGGUCUGGCCUUGACUGCAGUAUCGGAUGGCCACGUCUCCCUAAUCCUGGGAAUUGUCAUCCUGGCGGUGGUGGCACUUUUUAUCUCUUUCGUAGGAUUGAAUGCGAUCCUGGUUUAUGAGCGAUAUGCUUGGAUGAUCUUCUUCAUCAUCUUCAUGAUCAUCUAUGGUGACACCGGUCGAUAUGCGGAUAACGAGAGUCCGGCAUCCGCUGAAGGACUCACUCUGUCUGGAUCGCUGCUCAGUUUACUAGCAGUCGUCUACGGUUCAAGCGCCUCGUGGUGUACCAUGGCCAGUGACUAUUAUGUCCACUAUCCGGCCAAUGUCAACCGCGUCAAAGUCUUCUUUAUGACGACAUUAGGGAUUGCCUUGCCUACAUGUAUUCCCAUGAUCGCAGGCUGCGUGGUCGCCUCUGCGUUUAAGAAUAAGCAAGAGUGGCAAAGUGCUUAUGAGGACCAAGGACUGGGCUAUCUCAUCCAGGACAUGCUGCAUCCACGAGGAUUUGCCAAAUUCCUCCUGACGCUUCUAGUUCUAUCCGGAAUUAACCAGAAUGUUAUCAGCAUUUACAGUGCCUCUAUCUCCUUCCAGCAGCUGGCUCGACCAUUUGGCCGGAUUCCGCGUUUUCUCUGGACAUUAUUCUGCUUUGCCUGUAUUCUGGCGUUAGCAGUUGGCGGACGAGCAAAGCUGAAUGAGUAUCUUCAGAAUUUCCUCAGCUUGCUCGGUUACUGGUGUACAAGCUACGCCAUUAUCCUAUUCCAGGAGCAUUUUAUCUUCCGCAAGGGUAGCUUCGAGAAUUAUGACCUGGAAGGGUGGAACGACCCGGCCAGGCUACCUGUCGGCAUUGCUGCAGCCGUAGCCUUUUGCCUCGGCAUUAUAGCAUGGUGCAUGGGAAUGGACGAGACAUGGUUUAUUGGACCUCUGGCCAAGGUAAUUGGAGAGUCUGGCGGUGAUGUUGCCAACGAGCUGACUUUCGUGGUUACUGCCGUGACCUAUGCUCCGGCGAGCCUCAAUCCAGAACCUCACAAAUUCUGUAUUUCUUUGGACAGCAGGUCAGAUCUAACUACCACACGAUUCCUAUGUCCCUGCCAUCACGAACACCCUGUCACAUCAUAG